UGAAGGAUCUGAAGGAUUUUUGGCCCCCGAAUGUGUGGAAGGACAUUGGAGAAGCUACUACAAUAACGAACUUUAUGUUCUGUAUAUCACCAUCGCGAGCCCACUUCGACUCAUCAGAUGGCUGAGGCAAUAGCGGCGCCCGUCUUCACACGGCACACAACUAGGGAUCAAACCCCAUCCAGAUCGCCUCCCCGUACGCAAGGCUAACUAUCCAGCUUACAUCGUAAAAUUAAGUCACAGAAGGCCAGAAAUAUCCGGGCGAGUACUUUCGAGGAUGGUAGUGCCAAGGAAGAAGAAGGCUUCGGUGAGCUGGUCAUGUCAUGAGAAUGUCUCGCGUAGGUGCGUCUCCCCGGCACACGGCAGCAUCCAAAGUAGCUGAGGCGAUAAGCGCACGUAAACACUGUCUGUAGCGUGUAUAGCCGUUGUAGUUGCAGCACGCAGUUUACUUUAGCAUCAAUUAUGAAGAACUCAACACGUUUGACGCUGUGCUAUUGUCUUGUGUUGUUGGCGAUCGCUACGCCACUCGUGCUAUCCGACGAAGAGCAGGACCAGAGCAGUCAGGAGGCGGUAGCGCAGGAAGAUCAAAUCACACCGGCACCGGAAGCUGAAACGGAAGCGAACGAAGAAGCGGCACCGGUUACGGAGCAGCAGCAGCAGGAAACGGAAGGAUCGGAUUCGGAUGGCGGACAUCUACCGUCGAUGAUAAACAUUCUUCUUGCACCGACGGUCUGCAAACCGGGCUAUCGUGUCGAUCAUAAGGGCAAGUGUCGCCCCUCUCUGUGAGCGAGCUGUGUUUGACGUGCCGAUCGUGUGCCCGGAAGGAACCGUACUCGACCACAAGGGUGUAUGCCGGCGGACGAUGGGUUGAUUAAAGCUACACCGAUUUACCACAAGCGUCUAAUGCCAAAAGUCCUCAACAAAGAUAUCCAGCAAUUCCAAAACUAACGUUAAUCCGAUUGUGAGUGCGCGGAGCGAUGCAAUAAAUAAAUGCUUAUCAAUAUUGCCAAUUAA